AUGUCUAUUGCCACGCCUGGAGCCGGAGUGGCUGUUGAGGCAGCAGAAUUCUUCACAAUACGCGAUGUUGCGACCAAUAAUGUAAGGGAUGUGUACUAUUCAGUUACAGUCUCAGAGACUUCGGUUCGGUUCCCUGAGAGUAAGUUAAACGGUGGGAUUUCUGCUUUGAAUCUUUGCUUGACCUCGGAGUCGUGUGUUUCAUUCGUCACCUCUCCCAACAAGAGGCAAGAUGACAUUAAAGAAAGACCGUCCAUCAUUGUUUUUCAGGUAAAAAACGUAGAGUUUAUACACAUGCGUAGACCCCCAGUGCCCACAUACAAACUAUUGCAAUUUGUUCUCGAACAAUCCUCGGAGCACGUGCGUCUGUCACAGUGCACACAGCGACAACCACAUCGCGGUCUUCCUAGACUGCGACAUUUGGAGAUUUCAAAACAAAUCGCUCAUGAUGUUACAUUAAAACCUCAAAGAGCCAUGCUACGCCUGAAAGCAACUGAAUUUGCUGCACCAGGCCGUAUUUUGUUUCAGUCGCUACGAUAUUCACAAACGACAAAUUCAGCCGGGCUCCAGGUUUCCUUUCCGCUUUUGUUCCUCUUCUGGUUCAAAUCGCAGAUCUUCUAUCUUCCGUUGUUUGGCGGUUUAGUGAUCCUUGAUGUUGGGGUGUGGAGAGUGACCAGAAACCAGCGUAUAUUUGAAUACCAUGACUUAGGCGUUGACCGCGUCAAACGACCAUUACAGUAUCCUUACGAUGGUCCGUUCAAAGUCAUUUCGCGGAAGGACAAAUACUUUACGACUAAGAGGAACGGCAAACCAGAUUCCGUGAGUAUCGACAGAUUGAAAGUCGCAUAUGUGGAUGAUUCGAACCCCGAUUCACCUGCUCAAGUCGACAGUCAUACACGACCCCAACCGUCCUGUACAGCGAUCCCAAAACAACCCGACCCAGUAUCCCAGCCUGCCGACGAACACCCGUUGCCUAUUCUGAAGCACACCCGUACUGGACGUACAAGCAAGACCCCCAUUCGUUUUGCAGACUACAACCUAUAA